AUGUCUCAGGUGUUUGGGAAACAGCUCUGGAAACACGGAGUCUCCAAGGUUAUCCAGCAAAAGUUAAAGGAGGAGCGUGAAGCCAAGCGUGCCCAGCUUGAUGGAAGACAUGACUAUGUUCUCAGUAUUGUGGCCUCAUGCCUGGGAUUGGAGAAGGCUGAUGUCGAGGAUGCUAUACUGGAGGGAGACCAGCCACCUAGUCAAAAUAAUAAGAAAAAAGUGUUUGUGACUGAUGGGAGGGAUGUGGCGCUGACUGGAGUGUGUGUAUUUUUCACCAGAGCUACUGCUUCCAAGGCGAUCACCUCUGAGAAUAUACACAGAGAAGUCAAUUUCAAUAUGUUGGACACCUCUGAAGGAGGGUUGCUAAAAAGUGUGGAGCAGCUGCUCUCUGAAGUCUUCAUACCAACACUGACAAAGAUGAAUCAUGGCUGGGGAGAGCUGGCCAGCCCUCAGGCCCAAACAGUUAAAAAGGACUUCAUAUCAUCACUGGAAAACUUUGUGUCCGUAUUGGCAGGGGCACAGGAGAGUCUACAAGAAAAGGUUACUUUGAAACCGUGUGACACAUUUGAUGUGAGGGUCCUGAAAGGACCAUCGGACUACAUGGCUGCAGCCAACAACACAGAUACCAUAGAAAAGGCAGAAGCUUGCAUGAAAGUCUGGAUUAAACAGAUUGAACGGGUAUUAGCUGAGAGUGACCAGUUGAGGAAAGAAGCCGAAGACCUUGGCCCAAGAGCUGAGCUGGACCAUUGGAAGAAACGAAUGUCUCGCUUUAACUACCUUCUAGAUCAACUUAAAAGUCCGGAUGUUAAGGCCAUAUUGGGUGUGCUCUUAAUGGCAAAGUCUAAAAUCAUUAAGUUGUGGCGGGAACUGGACACCAGAAUCACAGAGUCAGCCAACGAAGCCAAAGAUAAUGUCAAGUAUCUCUACAGUUUGGAGAAGUUUUGUGAUCCUCUUUACAACUGUGAUCCUGUAUCAAUGGUUGAUGCCAUACCGGGUCUUAUAAAUGCUAUAAGAAUGAUUCACAAAAUCUCUCGCUACUAUAACACAUCAGAAAAGAUUACAUCACUCUUUGUCAAGGUAACAAACCAAAUGAUAACAGCCUGCAAAGGGUACAUCACUAACAAUGGCGAACAUUCAAUUUGGGAUCAGUCCCAAAAAAUGGUAGAGGAGAAAAUCAGAGCAGCCAUCCAAUUAAACAAGGAGUAUCAGGAUUGUUUUCAUAAGACCAAGGCAAAGCUAGAACAAACUCCAAUAGAAAGACAAUUUGACUUCAGUGAGAUGUAUAUUUUUGGAAAAUUUGACACAUUCCAGCGACGACUCAACAAGAUCCUGGAAAUGUUGGGCACCAUUUCUACCUACUCGGCCCUUCAGGAUGCAAAAAUAGAGGGGCUUGAGACAGUGGCCACCAGGUUUCAAGCAAUAAUGCUGAACAUGAAGACAAAACAUUACAGUUUCCUUGACCAGAGAAGAACUGACUUUGAUGUGGACUAUGAGGAAUUCUGCAAAAGCACCAAUGAACUUCAUGAGCAGCUAAUAAAUUUUAUGGAUUGUACUUUCUCCAACAUUCAAACUACUGAACAAGCUCUUGAUGUGCUUAAAAGGUUUGAAAGACUGGGUAUCCCCAACCUUGGCAUUGAUGAGAAGUACCAGCAUGUUCUCAAGAGCUAUGGCUGGGACAUUGAAAUGGUGUUUAAUCUCUACAUGAAACAAAAACUAGACCCCCCAAUUGGCCGAGAUCUGCCUCCGGUGUCUGGCCGGAUCAUGUGGGCUCGGCAGCUGUACGGCAGAAUUCAGGGUCCCAUGGAUAUGUUUCAAAAGCAAACUGGAGUCCUUUCCAUACCAGAGGCUAAGAAGAUCAUCAGGAAUUACAACAGGGUAGCAACAGUUCUGCUUGAGUAUGAGAUACUUUACCACCAAAGCUGGAUGAAAAAGGUUGAGGACGCCAGGCCAGGACUAAAGGCCUCUUUGCUGAUCCGAUCAACAGAGACUGGAGAGCUAUUCGUGAAUUUUGACCCAGAGAUUAUGACACAGAUCAGAGAGGCAAACUGCAUGAGCAGGAACAAUUUGGAGGUCCCACCCUUUGCUGCUCUGCUGCAGCGUAAACAGGACACCUUCAAAAAGAACAUAAACAACUUACAGUUCAUGUUGAGUGAGAAUGCCAGAGUGCGUGGAAAGAUUCAGAGUGCCUUUGAACAACUGGCCAUGCCACAUGUAGCUAAGGUUGAUGAGGCAAUACAGCCAGGGUUAACCUCCCUAAAUUGGACAUCAAUGAACAUAGACACGUACCUCAGUAACAUUGAAAAAUCAUUGGAGAAUCUGGAGCUGUUGAUGGACAGAGUCAAUGACCUGGCAGAGUUCAGGAUAGAUGCAGUGCUGCAAGAUAUGAGCACAAGCACACUGUGCAUUCUCCCAGAAGAUGAACCAGUUACCUGUGAGGACUUUGCCAGGACCACCAGGGACUUGUGUAUAAAGCAAGCUCAGAGCCUGCACACAAAGAGUCUGCAGGUGGAGGAAGCCGCUAAUGAACUGAUCAACAUGCUGCUGGAGUUUAACCACAAUCAAAGGGAGGAGGGUGAAAAGAUCGAAGAAGAAAACUGCCCUAAGAGGAAAACAGAAGAAAGUGUCAACAGGGAAGAAGCCCAUUCCUUUUCUAGAAGCACCUUGCUACCUUCGGCCAGUGUUGGUUUGUCUUCCCCUUUGGUGAGGAGGAAGAAGAAGAAGGACCUGAUGCAAGCGAUGGAGGUAGAAGCCCAGGAACUGCUGUCAUAUUUCAACUACCGCAAUGUAGAUGCUUUGCUCAGACUGACGCGCAACACCUUGGAGAUGCUACGCAAGCGAAUCCAGACCUCCCCACUUGGCCACUUCAUCGGUGAAAACGAUUCACCCAGACGUGGGAGGUUUAACAGCCAGCAGGCCAUCUUUAAAGUCAAUGUGAUCCUCUCUAUCCCAAACAUUGCCAUCGUUCCAACUCUGGAGGAUGUACAGCAGGCAUUGAAUAGAGCGGUAGAAUAUGUGGUCAGUGUUAGCAAAGGAAUUGGCCAGUGGAACAAAGAAAGGAUAUCCAAGAGAAAAAUGAAUGAAAGAAGAAUAGCAGCUUUGAAGCCAGAAAGUUCUGAAAGUGAAUCUGAGGAUGGAACAACAACAUACCGCAGCCUUGCUGCGCAUGUGAGCCAAGCGAUUCCUUUGCAAGCCAGAAACUACUACAAGACUGUUUCUGAAAACAAAGAGAUUGUCAAACUGAUUUCUGUCCUUGGCACAUCAAUUGUCUCUAACAGAAAGGAGGUGAUGCAAGCAUUGGAUCGUUUCAGCAGUUACCAUCACAUUUGGAGAAAGGACCGUGGUGACACCAUGCAAAAGUUCCUUCAGGGUCAUCCAUUGCUGUCAGAGUUUGAGAGCCAGAUUCUCUACUAUCGAGACAUGCAACUGGAAAUAAAUUCAGAACCUGAGUGCAUCACUGUUGGGGCAUUGGCUCUAUUUACAGUGGGUUUGAAGAUGUCUCUAACUGCUGAAACCAAGAACUGGAUGGUGGAUUACGGGCUGUACUGCAACAGGAAAUAUCGUUCUGAGAUGGAUCAGAUCUUCACUUUCGUUGAUGAAGCAGGGAAAAAACUAAAUCGCCAGAUUAAAGAUCUGGAUGACAUUCGCAUUGCCAUGGCAGCAUUCAAGGAAAUCAGAGAAAGCCAAAUAGAUAUUGACUUUCAAGUUGGUCCCAUUGAGGAGUCUUACGCCAUGCUUCACAAGUAUGAGCUCUCGGUUGCCAAAGAAGAGGCAGAAAAAGUAGACACACUACGCUAUAUGUGGGAGAAGUUGCUGCUCCGGAGCACUGAGGUGCAAAAUGAACUGAUUGCUUUGCAGCCCAAAUUUCGAGGUGAACUUUUUACCAACAUGCAAGUAUUCGUGGAAGACUGUAAACAAUUUUACAUGGACUAUGACAAGGAUGGUCCAAUGGUGUUGGGGUUAGCACCUCAGGAUGCCAGUGAUAGACUUAUCAUGUACCAGAAUCGAUUUGAUAACCUGUUCAGAAAAUACAUCACCUACACAGGUGGUGAGGAGCUGUUUGGACUUCCUGUCACUCAGCAUCCUCAGCUCUUAGAAAUUAAAAAGCAGCUGUCGCUACUGCAAAAGUUGUACGGCCUUUACAACAAUGUCAUUGAAACUGUUAAUGGGUACAAUGACAUCCUUUGGGCUGACUUGCACAUUGAAAAAAUCAAUAAUGAUCUACUGGACUUUCAAACAAGAUGUCGAAAGCUACCUAAGGCUCUGAAGGAAUGGCAAGCCUUCCUGGAGCUCAAGAAAAUUAUAGAUGAAUUCAAUGAGUGCUGCCCCCUGUUGGAGCUCAUGGCCAACAAAGCCAUGAUGAUGCGGCACUGGAAGAGAAUUACCGAGGUGACAGGACAUACAUUUGAAGUUGAGACUGAGACUUUCAAACUACGUAGUAUUAUGGAGGCUCCUCUACUCAAGUACAAAGAGGAGAUUGAGGAUAUUUGCAUCAGUGCAGUGAAAGAGAGGGACAUUGAGCAGAAGCUGAAGCAAGUUAUUGUUGAGUGGGACAAUAAAACAUUUACAUUUGCCAACUUUAAAACCCGUGGGGAGCUCUUACUGAGAGGAGACAGCACAUCAGAGAUCAUUGCCAGUAUGGAAGACAGCCUAAUGGUUUUAGGAUCUCUUAUGAGCAACAGGUACAACACACCAUUUAAAGCUCAGAUACAAAAAUGGGUUCUGAAUCUGUCCAACACCACAGACAUCAUAGAAAACUGGAUGACUGUCCAGAAUCUAUGGAUCUAUCUCGAGGCUGUGUUUGUGGGGGGAGACAUCGCCAAACAGCUUCCUAAGGAAGCAAAGCGUUUUUCUAAUAUUGACAAAUCAUGGGUUAAGAUCAUGACACGGGCCCACGAUAUGCCCAAUGUGAUCCAGUCAUGUGUCGGAGAUGAGACCAUGGGACAGCUACUUCCUCACCUAAUGGAACAGCUUGAGAUCUGCCAGAAAUCUUUGACAGGAUAUUUGGAAAAGAAACGUCUGCUAUUUCCUCGAUUCUUCUUCGUCUCCGACCCUGCCCUGCUUGAGAUCCUGGGUCAAGCUUCAGACUCCCAUACCAUCCAAGCCCACCUUCUUAAUGUCUUUGAUAACAUUAAAACUGUCAGAUUCCAUGACAAGGUAUAUGACCGCAUCCUGUCUGUAUCAUCUCGCGAGGGGGAAACUAUGGAACUGGAUCGACCAGUCACAGCAGAAGGAAAUGUUGAGGUUUGGCUCAAUGCCCUCCUUAACGAAUCCCAAAGGUCUUUGCACAUGAUCAUCCGGCAGGCUAUCCUGGCCAUUCAGGAACCUGGUUUUCAGCUAAUUGACUUUCUCAAUGCUUUUCCAGCUCAAGUGGGCUUACUGGGCAUCCAGAUGAUAUGGACAAGAGAUUCUGAGGACGCUCUCACAAACGCUCGAUAUGAUCGUCGUAUUAUGGCUAAAACCAAUCAAUUAUUUUUAGAUCUGCUCAAUACUCUGAUCGACAUGACCACAAGAGACUUGAGUGCCAUUGAUCGGACCAAAUAUGAGACGCUGAUCACUAUCCAUGUUCAUCAAAGGGACAUAUUUGACGACCUUUGCCGACUGCAUGUCAAAAACCCUGGAGACUUUGAAUGGCUGAAGCAGUGUCGUUUCUACUUUAAUGAGGACUCUGACAAAAUGAUCAUCAGCAUCACAGACGUAGGCUUUGUCUACCAGAAUGAAUUUUUGGGCUGCACUGAAAGGCUUGUCAUUACGCCAUUGACUGACAGGUGCUACAUCACCCUUGCCCAAGCUCUCUAUAUGAAUAUGGGUGGGGCACCUGCAGGGCCUGCAGGAACAGGCAAAACAGAAACCAUUAAAGAUAUGGGGCGAUGUCUGGGGAAGUAUGUGGUGGUUUUCAACUGUUCUGACCAGAUGGACUUCAGAGGUCUAGGAAGAAUAUUCAAGGGUCUCGCUCAGUCUGGUUCGUGGGGAUGUUUUGAUGAAUUCAACCGCAUUGACCUUCCCGUCCUAUCGGUGGCAGCCCAGCAGAUUUCAAUAGUGCUUACAUGCAAAAAAGAACGCCGCAAAAAUUUUGUCUUUACCGAUGGAGAAAAUGUCGAGAUGAAUCCAGAAUUUGGUAUCUUUUUAACAAUGAACCCAGGUUAUGCAGGGCGACAAGAACUCCCAGAGAACCUUAAGAUAAACUUUCGGUCUGUGGCCAUGAUGGUUCCUGACCGUCAAAUUAUCAUCAGAGUGAAGCUAGCCAGCUGUGGCUUCAUAGACAAUAUGGAGCUGGCUCGGAAAUUUUUUACUCUCUACAAGCUCUGUGAAGAGCAGCUCUCCAAGCAGGUUCACUAUGACUUUGGCUUGAGGAACAUCCUUUCCGUGUUGCGGACUCUGGGAGCAGCCAAACGAGCCAAUCCCAGUGACACGGAGUCUACCAUUGUUAUGAGGGUCCUCAGAGAUAUGAAUCUUUCAAAGCUGAUCGAUGAAGAUGAGCCACUCUUCCUCAGCUUGAUUGAAGACCUCUUUCCGGGCAUACAGCUUGAUAAAGUCGGGUACCCUGAACUUGAGGCAGCCAUUGACAAACAGGUUGAAGGUGCAGGUCUUAUCUGUCAUCCACCCUGGAAACUGAAGAUCAUCCAGCUCUUUGAGACUCAGAGGGUCCGUCACGGCAUGAUGGCCCUGGGUCCCAGUGGUGCAGGGAAGACAACUUGUAUCCAUACACUGAUGAAGGCGAUGACAGAGUGCGGUCAGCCUCACAGAGAGAUGCGCAUGAACCCCAAAGCCAUCACUGCGCCUCAGAUGUUUGGUCGACUUGAUGUGGCUACAAAUGACUGGACCGAUGGCAUCUUCUCAACACUUUGGAGGAAAACACUGAAGGCGAAGAAAGGAGAACACAUAUGGAUUGUCCUGGAUGGGCCAGUUGAUGCAAUCUGGAUAGAGAAUCUUAACUCGGUUUUGGAUGACAACAGAACUCUUACAUUGGCAAAUGGAGACCGUAUACCCAUGGCACUCAACUGUAAAGUGGUGUUUGAGCCACAUAACAUCGACAAUGCUUCUCCAGCUACUGUAUCACGCAACGGCAUGGUGUUCAUGAGCUCUUCUGUGCUCAGCUGGAGCCCUAUAUUAGAGGGGUGGUUGAAAAAACGGUGCCCCCAGGAGGUACAGAUUCUGAGGGGCCUCUUCUCGUCAUCUUUCACCAAACUAUACCGCUUCUGUGUACAGUCACUUGAGUUUAAAAUAGACCUGCUUGAGGCUUUUGUCAUCAUGCAAUGCAUCAACAUGCUGCAAGGACUCAUACCAACAAAGGAACAGUAUGUCGACUUAUCUCAAGAGCACUUGGAGCGACUGUAUGUAUUUGCCUUGAUGUGGAGCACAGGAGCUGUCCUUGAGUUGGAUAACCGCAAGAAAAUGGAGAUGUGGCUAAGAGGACAUGACAGUAUCCAUCUAAACUUGCCUGAUAUCCCUCCUGACUGUGAAGACACCAUGUUCGACUAUUAUGUCACAUCAGACGGUCAGUGGGUCCACUGGUGCACACAAGUGGAGGAAUAUGUUUAUCCAUCAGAAAUAACCCCAGAGUACAGUUCCAUCUUGGUUCCCAAUGUUGACAAUGUUCGAACUGACUUCCUGAUACAGACCAUUGCCAGGCAGGGCAAGGCAGUUUUGCUUAUUGGAGAGCAAGGUACAGCCAAGACGGUCAUGAUGAAGGGCUAUAUGUCUAAGCUCCAUUCCGAGACACACAUGGGGAAGAGUCUUAAUUUUUCCUCUGCCACUACACCACUCAUAUUCCAGCGAACUAUUGAGAGUUAUGUAGAUAAGAGGAUGGGGAGCACUUAUGGACCCCCUGCUGGGAAAAAGAUGUCAGUCUUCAUCGAUGAUGUCAACAUGCCUGUCAUCAAUGAGUGGGGUGAUCAGGUGACAAAUGAAAUUGUUCGUCAGCUAAUGGACCAGAAUGGCUUUUUCAACCUGGAAAAACCAGGAGAAUUCACUGGAAUCAUUGACGUCCAGUUCCUUGCAGCUAUGAUACAUCCCGGAGGAGGGCGUAAUGACAUCCCACAAAGACUCAAAAGACAGUUUUCCAUCUUUAACUGUACACUUCCCUCCAAUUCCUCCAUUGACAAGAUAUUUGGUGUGAUUGGUGAAGGCUACUUCUGUGCUCGUCGCAGUUUUUCUGAUGAUGUUCAAAGCACAGUGUCCUCUCUGGUGUCCAUGACUCGUCAUCUUUGGCAGCUAACUAAGAUUAAGAUGCUUCCAACUCCUGCCAAGUUCCAUUACAUUUUCAACCUUCGGGAUCUCUCAAGGGUCUGGCAAGGCAUGCUUAAUACAACGGCAGAGGUGGUUAAUUCCACCCAGGUGCUGUUGGCAUUAUGGAAGCAUGAAUGCAAACGUGUGAUAGCUGACAGAUUUAUUAUGCCUGAAGAAGUGGAGUGGUUUGACCUAGCUUUGGCAAAACUGGUAGGGGACACGCUUGGCGAGAAGCACAAAAGCAUUGUGGACCUCGGUGUGGAUAAAUAUUUUGUUGACUUUCUGCGUGACACACCUGAAGCAACAGGAGAGGAGCCUGAAGAUUCUGAUAUGGAUUUACCCAAAGUGUACGAGACAAUUGAGACAUUUGAGAGCUUAAAGAACAGACUGAACAUGUUCCUCGAUCUUUACAAUGAGAGUGUUAGGGGUGCUGCCAUGGACAUGGUCUUCUUUCAGGAUGCAAUGAUACAUUUGGUCAAGAUAUCAAGAAUAAUCCGGACACCCGGCGGUAAUGCCUUAUUGGUUGGUGUUGGAGGUUCAGGAAAACAGAGCUUGACCAGACUGGCCUCAUUCAUCGCUGGAUACAAGAUUUUCCAGAUCACUCUUACACGCUCCUACAAUACGACCAACUUGAUGGAUGACCUGAAAGGUUUAUACAGGACUGCAGGACUGCUUGGAAAAGGCAUCAGCUUCCUCUUCACUGACAACGAAAUCAAAGAGGAAUCCUUCCUUGAAUACAUGAACAAUGUUUUGUCAUCUGGAGAGGUGUCAAACCUGUUUGCUCGAGAUGAAAUAGACGAGAUCCUAAGUGAUCUAGUCCCGAUCAUGAAGCGAGAGUUUCCAAAACGGCCACCAACCAAUGAAAAUCUGUAUGAGUACUUCAUGGCACGAGUUCGACACAACCUUCAUGUCAUACUGUGCUUUUCACCUGUUGGGGAAAAGUUCCGCAACAGGGCUCUAAAAUUCCCGGCACUCAUAUCUGGUUGCACAAUGGACUGGUUCCGACGCUGGCCUAAAGAUGCUCUUGUUGCAGUAUCGGAGCACUUUGUGUGUGGAUUUGAUAUUGACUGCUCACAACAAGUCAAGCGUGAGGUAGUUCAAUGCAUGGGAUCUUUCCAGGAUGGCGUGGCUGAGAAGUGUGUGGAUUACUUCCAGAGAUACCGUCGCUCAACCCACGUUACACCAAAGUCCUACCUAUCCUUCAUACAGGGCUACAAGAACAUCUAUGAGGAAAAGAGAGCUGAGGUCAAGAAUCUGGCCAACAGGAUGAACACAGGCCUUAAGAAGUUGAAAGAAGCAUCAGAGUCAGUAGCAGGACUCAGCAAAGAGCUAGAGGUAAAAGAGAAAGAGCUUCAGGUGGCCAAUGAAAAGGCAGAUAUGGUGCUGAAAGAGGUGACAGUCAAAGCCCAGGCAGCAGAGCGUGUAAAAGUGGAGGUUCAGAAAGUCAAGGACAAGGCUGAGGCCAUUUUAGAACUGAUCUCAGCUGACAAGGCCAUUGCUGAGCAGAAACUUAAAGCUGCCAAACCUGCAUUGGAGGAAGCAGAGGCAGCACUGCAGACAAUCAAGCCAUCUGACAUUGCAACAGUACGCACUUUAGGGCGUCCCCCACAUCUCAUCAUGAGGAUUAUGGACUGCGUGCUGCUGCUCUUCCAAAGGAGGGUAAACCCUGUGAAGCUUGACCAUGAGAAAAACUGCAACACUCCAUCAUGGCAGGAGUCUCUCAAACUCAUGACGGCUGGAAAUUUUUUAGGCAGCCUACAGCAAUUCCCCAAAGACACCAUUAAUGAAGAGAUGGUGGAGCUCCUGCAACCCUAUUUUGACAUGCCCGACUACAACAUUGAAACAGCCAAGAGAGUAUGUGGCAACGUGGCCGGGCUUGCAUCAUGGACCAAAGCCAUGGCUUCUUUCUUUUCCAUCAACAAGGAAGUCUUGCCCUUAAAGGCUAACUUGGCAGUGCAAGAGAAUCGUCUGACCAUCGCUCACAUGGAUUUUCAGAAAGCUCAGGCAGAGCUGGACGCCAAGCAGGCAGAACUGGAUGUGGUACAGUGCGAGUAUGAAAAGGCCAUGAUGGAGAAACAGACACUGUUGGAGGAUGCUGAGCGUUGCAGGUACAAGAUGCAGACUGCCUCCAGUCUGAUCAGUGGCUUGGCUGGCGAGAAGGAGAGAUGGACAGAGCAGAGUAAAGAAUUUGCUGCUCAGACCAAGCGUCUCGUCGGUGACAUACUCCUCGCCACAGCGUUCUUGUCUUACUCCGGUCCUUUUAACCAGGAGUUCCGUAACCUCCUACUCAUUGAUUGGCAAAAUGAACUGAAGCAGCGUCAAAUCCCGUUUGACAGCAAUCUCAAUCUGACCGACCUGCUUAUUGAUGCACCAACUGUCAGUGAGUGGAAUCUACAGGGGCUCCCUAAUGAUGACCUCUCGAUACAGAAUGGCAUCAUUGUCACAAAAGCUGCACGUUUUCCUCUUCUUGUUGACCCUCAAACACAAGGAAAAAUUUGGAUUAAGAACAAAGAAGCGAAGAAUGAGCUGCAGAUCACCUCAUUGAACCAUAAAUACUUCAAGAACCACCUAGAAGACAGUUUGUCUCUUGGUCGCCCCCUCUUAAUUGAGGACAUCGGAGAGGAGUUGGACCCUGCCCUCGAUAACAUCCUUGAGAAAAAUUUCAUCAAGACUGGAUCCACUUACAAGGUAAAAAUUGGGGACAAAGAGGUGGAUGUCAUGAAGGGGUUCAGGCUCUAUAUGACUACCAAGCUGCCUAACCCAGCAUACACCCCUGAGAUCAGUGCCCGCACCUCCAUCAUUGACUUCACUGUAACAAUGCGAGGACUGGAAGACCAGCUUCUGGGCAGAGUCAUCCUCAAAGAAAAACAGGAACUGGAGAAGGAACGGACAGAUCUUUUAGAAGAUGUUACAUUGAACAAACGGAAGAUGAAGGAGCUUGAAGACAACCUCCUGUGUCGACUGACCAGCACACAGGGCUCACUAGUGGAUGAUGAAAGUCUGAUUGCUGUUCUUGCCAACACCAAGUGCACAGCUGAAGAGGUCAAUCAAAAACUUCAGAUUGCAGCUGACACAGAGGUUCAAAUCAAUGCUGCCAGGGAGGAGUAUCGACCUGUGGCGACCAGGGGAAGUAUCUUGUAUUUCCUAAUCACAGAAAUGAGCAUGGUGAAUGUGAUGUAUCAGACUUCCCUGAGGCAGUUCCUGGGACUUUUUGACCUUUCUCUGGUUAGGUCCUUCAAAAGUCCAAUCACCAGCAAGCGUAUCAUCAACAUUAUAGAGUUCAUGACCUUCGAGGUGUACAAGUACGCAGUGCGUGGCUUGUACGAGAAGCACAAGUUUCUUUUUACUCUUCUCUUGACUUUGAAGAUCGACAUGCAAUGUAGCAAGGUCAAGCAUGAGGAGUUUCUCACACUAAUUAAAGGAGGUGCAUCCCUGGACUUAAAAGCAUGCCCUCCAAAACCAGCAAAAUGGAUACUUGACAUGACCUGGCUCAACCUUGUGGCACUCAGCACACUGUGGGAGUUUUCGGAUGUAUUGGAUCAGAUUGGUCGCAAUGAAAAGCAGUGGAAGCUGUGGUUUGAUAAAGAAGCACCAGAAGAGGAAAAGCUCCCAAAUUCCUACGAUCAGGCACUAGACUGUUUUAGGCGCCUGCUUCUUAUUCGCAGCUGGUGUCCUGACCGAACUAUCGCACAGGCCCGUAAAUACAUAAUGGAUGCAAUGGGAGAGAAAUAUACUGAAGGGGCAGUUCUAGACUUGGAAAAGACUUGGGAGGAAUCAGACUCUCGAACGCCUCUGAUCUGUUUCCUGUCGAUGGGUUCCGACCCAACAGACUCCAUCAUUGCUUUGGGAAAACGACUGAAGAUAGAGACGCGAUACGUCUCCAUGGGACAAGGACAAGAGGUCCAUGCCCGUAAACUUCUGCAGCAGAACAUGGCUAAUGGUGGCUGGGCUUUACUCCAGAACUGCCACCUGGGUCUGGACUUCAUGAAUGAGCUCAUGGACAUAGUGACAGAGACAGACUUUGUCCAUGAUAGUUUCCGCUUGUGGAUGACCACUGAAGUCCACAGACACUUCCCUAUCACCCUUCUUCAAAUGUCCAUUAAGUUCACAAAUGAGCCACCACAGGGCUUGAGAGCGGGGCUUAAAAGGACCUACGGAGGCAUUAACCAGGACCUUUUGGAUGUCAGCAACAUGGCCCAGUGGAAGCCAAUGUUGUAUGGGGUUGCAUUUCUCCAUAGCACUGUGCAGGAAAGAAGAAAGUACGGCCCUCUGGGGUGGAAUAUUCCCUAUGAGUUUAACCAGGCAGACUUUAAUGCCACUGUCCAAUUUGUUCAGAACCACCUAGAUGACAUGGAUGUCAAAAAGGGUGUGUCAUGGAGUACAGUGCGAUACAUGAUUGGAGAAAUUCAGUAUGGCGGUCGUGUGACGGACGACUAUGACAAGCGCCUUCUCAACACUUUUGCCAAAGUUUGGUUCAGUGAGGAAAUGUUUGGACCUGCAUUUAACUUCUUUAAAGGUUAUAGCAUCCCAAAAUGUUCUAGUGUGGACCAGUAUCUUACAUAUAUCCAGGGUCUCCCAGCUUACGACACACCAGAGGUGUUUGGUCUGCACCCGAAUGCAGACAUCACCUACCAAAGUAAAUUGGCAAAAGAUGUGUUAGACACAAUUCUCAGUAUUCAGCCUAAAGAUAGCUCAUCAGGAGGAGGGGAGACCAGAGAGGCUGUGGUGUCCAGGCUGGCUGACGACAUGCUGAAGAAACUGCCCGCAGACUAUGUACCUUUUGAAGUGAAAGAACACCUUCAGAAGAUGGGUCCUUUCCAACCAAUGAACAUCUUCCUGCGUCAAGAAAUAGACCGCAUGCAGAGGAUCAUAGUUCUGGUCCGGAACACCCUGACUGAUCUUAAACUGGCGAUUGAUGGUACCAUCAUCAUGAGUGAGAACCUGCGAGAUGCCUUGGACUGCAUGUAUGAUGCCCGCAUUCCUGAACGCUGGAGGAAGGAAUCGUGGGCCUCCAGCACUCUGGGGUUCUGGUUUACUGAGUUACUUGAGCGUAACCGGCAGUUUCAGGCUUGGAUCUUCGAGGGGCGACCAAACUGCUUCUGGAUGACUGGCUUCUUCAACCCGCAGGGCUUUCUGACAGCCAUGAGACAGGAAAUCACCCGGGCCAAUAAAGGCUGGGCGUUGGACCGUAUGGUGCUUUGUAACGAAGUGACCAAGUGGAUGAAAGAUGACAUCAUGCAGCCCCCAGCCGAGGGUGUGUAUGUCUAUGGCCUCCAUCUGGAGGGUGCUGGCUGGGAUCGUCGCAACUGCAAACUCAUUGAUUCCAAACCCAAAGUCCUUUUUGAGAUGAUGCCCGUAAUCCGGAUGUAUGCAGAGAAUAAUGGAACGAAGGACGGCCGCCUUUAUUCCUGUCCAAUCUACAAAAAGCCAGUUAGGACGGACUUGAACUACAUUGCAGCGGUUGACCUUAAGACCUCCCUUGCUCCAGAACACUGGAUCCUGCGGGGUGUGGCACUCCUCUGUGAUGUCAAAUGA